AAUACAGCUCGCAUCGAUUUUCAAUCGUGUCGUUCAUGUAUAUUGUAUUGGUCGUUUUUGGGCCCUGAUGCCUUCAACCUUACGCCGACUGAAGACAUUAUCAUUCAUUUUUUGUUUAAGAAUGAUGCUGAAAAAUUAUAAAACUGGACGAUAUUGUGUGAAAUAAUGUUUGGAUUAUUAUUAUCCCAUACAAGCGGUUUACUGACGAAAGUCUUUCAUGUAUCCCUGCGUCGGAUUAAUAUACUGUACAUGUAUUGAUGUCUAUAUGUAUAUGUGGAGUGUAUCUUUUUCAACGGUUAUAGUAAGACUGCAUCACGAAGUUUUUGCGCAAAAUAAAGGAAGGAAAGAAUGCUGAGCAGCAGCGGAGAUAAGUACUGCUAGCACUUUGGAACUACUCGCGAUUGUAUAUUAUAGACAACAGUUGCCGCAUGCCCAGCCAUGGGUAGUUGGGCACAGCAUCGCAUGUUUAUAUGACAUUGUGUACCUUAUAAGAAUGUUCCCAGAUAUCAGACAUAGUGAUACGCACCGGCUGAGUAACUCACGAAACACUGAUGUGGCAUAGGCUUUUCCAUAUCGGUUCACAAAAGCCUGCAUCCCGGUCAAUAUCCAUUGUGUUGAUCGGCGAAUAAAACGGUCCCGCUGGUGAAUUUUCAUUUUCUCUUCCGGGUGAACCGACGCAACUGGCAGCGAUCGAUUGAAGGAAUAAUAUUACACCCAUUCAGUUGCCGAGAAUCUCCCCGCAACAAUGCGGCGCUCAUUUGGUCAAUGACAAUCGACGAUUAGGAUUCAAAAAUUUCAGGGCGAGCCAGCGGAAGAAAUGGUGAGCGUCAAAGAACGGGAAAUAUGGGAGCUGGCGGCGAAAGAAAAGCAAGAAAUCGUGGAUUUAUUCGAUAAAGGUUAUCCUGGCUCUUACAUUAUGCGCAAGGCCAACUUGUCCCGCUACAGCAUUAAGCAAGUGUUGUGCGCAGCUGGGAGAACGGGAAUGUUCAGGGAGCGGGACAACAGUGUAGACUACUGCACCCACCCACAGGUGAAUGCAAAGUGCCGUUCGGAUGCCAAUCAGCACUUGCUUAAUCCUUUAUCUAGCAUUGAAACAUCCCAAGGCGCACCAGGGAAAGAAUCAGAAACUGUCAAGACACGGGACAUGUACAACAUUACUCCCGACGUUAUUCAAGAAAUCCUUGAUCUAUUCGACCAAGGUCACUCUUGCUCUCACAUUAUACGGAGAACCAAUGUGUCCCGCUACUACAUUAAGCAGUUAUUGUGCGCAGCGGGGAGAAACUUUCGCGAACGGAAUCAAAUGAGGUACGACGCAUUGCGCCCGGUUGUUCUGGAUCUGUUUAAGCAAGGCUGGUCCCACCACGCGAUAAAGAAACACGUUAAAGCCAAAAUGUUCUGGGUGGGAAAAAUAAUCAAGGACGCGGGUCUAAUGCUAAAAACGCGCUCUCCCCGGGAAAAACCUCCCCGUGUGCAACCGUCUCCGUUAAAAUCCGCAGGCGUUGAUAAAAAUGUGAUCGUCAUGAUUAAGAAGCAGGAUGGUGUAUGGCGCGUGUCACGUGGUCAAAAACGAAAAGAACCAUGGAUCGGAAGCCAGCUUGAUUGGACGGCGGCCGAAGAUGUCCGUAAUGAUACCUCCAGCUCUGGAAGUGAAGCGCGUUCUAUUAUGAGUAUUGCAUUGGAUGAUCUGCAGGGGAAGACGUAUUCGACCCCACCAAAGAUGUACGGCUUAGCCAGGAAGACAACAGUAUCGCUGCAGCCGGAAGCGAGUCCGAUGGUCGUAAACAGAGGGAAAAUCAAGCAGCUGGUGUCGCCAUAGCAGUUGAACCCCCACAAAUUCCUCCUGGUCAAGUAAACCAGGUGGAAAAAAUUAUAGAAUCUUCCAUUGUUUUACCGGACAUCUGCGCGGAAACUCCUUCCGGAAUACUUCCGUCUCCUGAAGAAAAUGCGACCACGAGCGGCCGAUACCAAUGCCAGGUUUGCCGUUUGUCCUGGGACGAUGACGAAGCAUUCCUGUUACAUUUGGCCGACACAAUGCACGAACAGCUCCAUGCCACCGGGAGUUUUCUAUAUUGUACUGGAUGUAAAUUUAAAAGCCGAAAGCCGGCGAAGGUUGGCAGACAUGUUAUUAAAUACCAAACGCAAGCUGCGUCGCAGAACUGUGAAUUGCACUCUAUUAAAGGUCUCGAUUAGCGGAAUCAGAAUA